AUGCCUACCCAUGAUGGCCAGGUGUUUUGUGAUUACAGCCGGCCACUCGGAAAUACGGAGGAGAAUUGGCUCCGUGCCGUGAAUGGAGGAACAGGGAACACGGUUGUGGGUGUCCUCGUCAGCAUGGAGGUGACGCGCGAGGCUUUGCAGAACGCGGUGAACAGCGUUCAGAAGAAACAUCCCAGGCUGCUCUCACAGCUUGUGUUCGUCAACGGUCGCCCGCACUUCCAGACGACCUCCAAUGGCGUUGUGGAGGUUGAAGUGAUUGAGAAUAUUCCAGACUCAAUCGCGGCGUCUUUUGACGGUAACGGGGAAGGCUCUGAGGAGUUUUUGGACGAUUCCUUUGAGAUCGGAAGGAGGUGUUCGAUCGAUGGUGGCGGUGGCAAGGUAGUUGCUGAAGAAGAGGUUAUGGAACGCAGCGAGUCGGGCCGAAGUGGGUUCAAGAUGAGUCUCUGUCAGGACCACUGGCUUAGAAUCGUUGAAUCCGCCAUGAAUGAGCCGUGGAAGUGUGACGAGUCGUCCAUUGGAGAUGAAGCUGCGAGCCUCCUGUGCUUCAGGAUGUACAGGCUUCAUGAGGGUCGCUCCUUGAUUCUUUUCCGUGCACAUACAUCUGUGUGCGACCGCAAGUCUGCUGGCAUCAUCGUGGAAGAUCUCCUUUCCUUCCUUGAUGACGAGAUUAAUGGCGGUGGGAUCCGUCCUGAUAUUGGCAGCACAAACGAGUGUUCUGAGAAUGGGCUCAACUCUAAGGGCAAUGAUCAAUUUGCGACGAGCCAGAAGGCAGAGCUGCCAACACCGACUUUGAAGGAUGUGGAGAGCUGCAUCCCUCCAGAACUUUCAAGGAAGCCCUUCUGGGCGCAUGGAUUGGAUGUUGUUGGAUAUGGGCUGAACUCUCGUCGAUAUUCGUGGCUUCCGUUUCAUGAUUCCUCAUCAGAGCGCCAGUCUGCUCUAGUUCGGUCUGGACUGAGCAGGUCUGACACUGAAAGGCUCAAACAGGCAUGUGAGAAGCACAACAUUACUAUAUUUGGAGCAGUGGCAUGUGCGGCACUGAAAGCUGUGGCCAGUGUGAAGGAGCUGGGCCACAAAGGAGAACACUACGCUGUCACCACGUUUCUGGACUGCCGUCCAUUGCUAUCCCAUGAGAUCACCUUGGACACUGUUGGGUUCUACCAUUCGGCCAUGAUGCACACACACCAAGUGAGCGAGACUACUGAAUUCUGGAACCUUGCAAAGCGGUGCCAUGAGUCAACUCUGCAUGCCAUCAAGAAUCGGAAACACUUCACUGACAUGGGUGACCUAAACAUGCUCAUGGCUCAGGCUAUUUUGCAUCCUCAGCUCACCCCAGAGAGCUCUCUGCGGACGUCCACUGUGUGCUCCUUCUGGGACGCCCUGCACGAAAAGAUGCAGAGAUUUGUGGAGAGGUUGGGUGUGGAGGACUAUGUUGGCUGCUCCUCUGUCCAUGGCGUGGGACCGUUAAUAGCGAGGGUGAGAGACGAGCGACAGGGCAGCGCGAGCGGAACCAUGACAGGAUCCACGGAGGCGGAGGCGCAGAAGGAGAGCACCACCGCCCAGGACACCAACGCGGAAGCCACACCCACCCCCAUGGACGCAUCGGCUGCCGACACUGAUUCCCCCGCUGCCGCUACUGGAGAGGAUAAACCCGCGGCGAAAGAUGGUGCCGCUGUAGAGGAUAAGCCCGCGUCAGAUGCUGCGCCCGCUGCGCCUGCGCCUGCUGCGGCUGCGGCGGGUGCUGGUGCGGAGAGCAAGGAGGGCGAAGGCGGGGCGGACAAAGCCGAAGGUGGCGAGGGGGAGGAGAAGAAAACCGCGGCUUUCAGUCCCGCCGUCCGCGCAGAGAUCCUCCGCCAGGUGGAAUACUACCUGAGCGACAGCAACCUGCCGCGCGACCGCUUCAUGCAGGAGAAGCUUCAGGAGGGCAACGGAUUCGUGCCGCUGGCGCUGCUGUGCACGUUUUCGCGCAUGCGCAAGCACCUGGGGGUGCUCCCCGACGCGCCCGUGCCCGCGCACCUCGUGCGCGCCACCUACGAGGUGCUCAAGGCGUCCACCUUCCUCAAGUUCUCCGACGAUGGCAAGCUGGUGGGGCGCGAGGGGGAGGUGGCGCUGGGGAAGGAGCGCAUAGCGGAGAUCAACGCGCGCUCGCUGUACGCGGAGCCCUUCCAGUGGAACUCCACGCUCGACGACCUGCACGCCUUCUUCACCUCGCUCGGCCCUGUGAAGAGUGUGUGCAUGAGGCGCCAUCCAGCGUCCAAGGCGUUCAAGGGGUCCGUGUACGUGGAGUUUGACAGCGAACAUGCCAUGCGCCUAGUCGCUGCCAAGAAGGACGUGAAAUUUAACGGCGCCACCCUGCUGCUGCAGCCCAAGAACGAGUGGUUGCAGCAGGCGAGGGAGGAGUGGCAGAAACGUGUUGCGGAGAAGGGAGAGGAAGCUGGGCGGUUCGAGGCAGAGGACGGGGACAUGGACCUGCGCCCGCCCGCCAAGGCAAGACGCGUGGAGGAGGGCGGAGAGGGAGGCGCGGAAGGGGAGGGUGGGGAGGGUGCGGAGGCGGAGGAGGAGGGGGAUGAGGAGGAGGAGGAAGCUUAUCCCAAGGGGUUGAUUCUGGGGUAUACUAUUGCGGUGGCUGAUAGUGGUGAUGGGGAGAAGGGGAAAGGGGAGGGGAAGGCGGAAGGGGAGAAGGAUGGGGUGGGUAAUGGGGAGGUGAAGGGAGAGGAGGGUAAGAAGGAAGGGGAGGAGGGGAAGUCGGAAGGGGAGGAGAAUGGAGAGGAGAAGAAGGUAGGGGAUGAAGAGAUGGCAGAUGCUGCAGAGGCGGAGAAGAAAGCAGAAGAGGAAGGGAAGAAAGCAGAGGAGGACGCGAAGGAAGUGGAGAAGGAGAAGGAACAGGAGAAGGAAGGGGAGAAGGUGGAAGGGGCAGCAGCGGAGAAAGGUGAUGAGAAGAAAGAAGAGGAGGAGAAAAAGGAUGGGGUGAAAGCAGAAGAGAAGGCAGAGGAGAAGGCGGAGGGGGAGAAGAAGGAUGCAGAGGGAGAGGCGUUGGGCAAGAGGAAGCGUGAGGAGAGUGUUGUGGCAGAAGGGGUGACCCGCGAGGAGUGCCGCUUCGUGUUUGAAAAGUUUGGCAUUGUCAAGUUCGUGGAGUACAAGGCGGGCGACCUGACUGGCUUCAUCCGCUUUGAGACGCCUGAGGGGCCCAUCAAGGCCAGCAACAAGGCCAAGUCCGCGCCUGCUGCGCUCACCAUCAAGGGCUAUCCUGUCACCGUGCAUAUUCUUGAAGGGGAGGAGGAGGCAGCAUACUGGAGCAAGCUGCGGGACGGGCAGAAGAAGCGCAAGGACUUCGGGGGCAGAUUUGGUGGCGGUGGUGGCUUCCGGCUCCCGUCGCUCUACAUCUCUUCUUCUCACAGUAACCAUCGCGUUGCUCUCGCGCUCAUAUUGAAUCGCCUUUCCGUCGCCCUUCCUCCCCCUCCUAUCACCCACUUCGUCGCCGUCACGCGCGCCUCAAAUCGCCCACCCUCGCCCCUACCGUCGCCAUCACCCUCGCGAUCUCCUCUCACAUCCCGUCGCCAUUCCUCUCUUGUUGCCCUUCCUCACUCCUGUCGCCAGUUCGCUACCCCGUCGCCCUUCCUCUCUCUCGCCGCCCUUCCUGUCUCCCGUCGCCCUUCCUCCCCUGUCGCCCUUCUUCUCUCUCCUCCCGCCGCCCUCGCGUCUCAUCGCGAUCGCGUUCCCACCACACUCCCGUCACCCUCCGUCCCGCCUUUCGUAAUUUAUUACCUCCCCUCGCGUCGUUCCUCUUCUCUUCCCUCCCCUCCCGUCGAUCCCUCUUCAGGUCCUCGAUCCCGUGGCCUCGCUCUCUCCCAUCCCUUUCUGCCGCCCUCACUCUCUCCCCUGCCUUUCCGUGGCCCUCGUUCUCUCCCCUCCCUUUCCGCCGCCCUCGCUCUCUCCCCUCCCUUUCUGUCGCCCUCGCUCUCUCCCCUCCCUUUCAGUUGCCCUUGCUCUCUCCCCUCCCUUUCCGUCGCCCUUGCUCUCUCCCCUCCCUUUCCGUCGCCCUCGUUCCCUCCCCUCCCUUUCCGCCGCCCUCGUUCUCUCCCCUCCCUUUCCGCCGCCCUCGCUCUCUCCCCUCCCUUUCCGUCGCCCUCGCUCUCUCUCAUCCCUUUCUGUCGCCCUCGCUCUCUCCCCUCCCUUUCAGUUGCCCUUGCUCUCUCCCCUCCCUUUCCGUCGCCCUCGCUCUCUCCCCUCCCUUUCCGUCGCCCUCGUUCUCUCCCCUCCCUUUCCCUCGCCCUCGCUCUCUCUCAUCCCUUUCCGUCGCCCUCGUUCUCUCCCCUCCCUUUCCGCUGCCCUCAUUCUCUCCCCCCCCUUUCCGCCGCCCUCGCUCUCUCCCCUCCCUUUCCGUCGCCCUCGUUCUCUCCCCUCCCUUUCCGUUGA